GAGAGCACAAAAGAGGAGGACAGAACGAUUCAGAGAGGAAGGGAGAGAGUCAGCUACAAAGCCAGAGGGACAAGAGGGAAUUCAGCCUGCAACAAUUUCCAGUUCUUCCCUUGUUUUUUCUCUUUUACUUUGUCUCUCUUUUUCUUAGCUGCCGUUUUGCGUCCUGGUAGUGUGGAGUCCACAACAGCAGGGUGGAGGAGGAUGAGUGUGUGAGGAAAAGCUGGAGAGGCUGAGGCUCAAGCUGCCUUAUCUUAUUAUAAACGCACUCGCUAACCAAGAGAAGACGACAGACAGGGAGGCAGACAGUGUCCACUCGGGAGCGAAUGAGAGGAGAGGGUCCGUAACGCUGGAGCUGAAGGACAAACCAUGGACUCUGCACACCGCCCACUUCACCUGGAUGUCCAACAUGUUCCCUGCUAGCCUACUGGUUCUGAUGAUCCUGCUGCUACCUCAAGCCUCAUUAGGUCACCAGAGGGGUCCCAGUCAGACUCAUGGAAAUCUGCCCACCACUCUGGAGCCUAGUUUGGCCCAUACCAUUCAGAACCUUCUACUGACCCGCCUGGGCCUACAAUCACACCCCAACCCCAGUGCAGAAGCACAGGUGCCCCAGUAUCUUCUGGACUUGUAUCGAUUCCACACUCACCAGUAUCAUCUCGUCGAAAACCCAGAGUUUAGCUUCCCCUCCCAGCAUGUGCAAGGAGCCAACACGGUCCGAUGCUUUCACCACACAGAGUCUACAAAUUUGCCAGAAGUGCAGAAAGGGGCAUCAGACAGCAUUCACAUUGGCUUCAAUCUGUCUUCCAUUCCAUCCGAUGAGAGUGUGGUGUCUGCAGAGCUACGUUUCCUACAUGAGGGGCCAGGCACAAGUUCUUACACGGUCAGCCUUUAUCUUUCCAGUGAUGACCCUGAGUCAAAACACAAACUCCUCCAUUCACGUCGGUUGACUAGAGAUUCAAAGACCGCAGAAGACUGGGAAACCUUUCCCCUGCAUGGAGAAGUCUUCCAGAGUGUAUCUGAGAAGACAGGGAUCCUGUAUUUUAUCCUGGACAUUAUCGCAGGUAACAGCAGUCUUCCGAAAGAGAGACAUCUGCGGGUACGCAGGUCUGUGGGGCAGGACGAUCCCAGCUGGGCGAGGCAGAGACCCCUCCUGGUGACAUACAGUCAUGAUGGGCUCACUGAACCAUUUGUCCCCCACAAAAAAUGGAGCCCUGCUGACAGAAAAGGAAGAGGCAGAUGGACUGGGGUCAGGUUUAAGGAUGAUAGGGGUCAGGGCUCGGAUUUCAGCUGGCAGGGGGGAUGGAAUGAAAGGCGAGUGAAACGGAACGGCGGGAGGGCUGCCAAGCUCAAACGCCUCUCCCGCGCUCGCUGCCGUCGGCACCCUCUGUACGUGGACUUCAAAGAUGUAGGCUGGAAUAAAUGGAUCGUGGCUCCGUCCGGUUACGAUGCUUUCUUUUGCCUUGGCGAGUGCCGCUUCCCACUGGCUGACCAUAUGAAUUCAUCUAGCCAUGCCAUGGUGCAGACGCUGGUCAACUCGGUAAACGGGGUGGUACCGCGGGCCUGCUGCGUUCCCACAGCUCUGAGCCCCAUUGCUCUACUCUACCUGGACCAGGAGGAGCGUGUGGUGUUAAAAAACUAUCAAGACAUGGUGGUGGAGGGCUGCGGAUGCCGAUAGCAAGAAACUCGUGAAAUAAAAUGAUAGAGAGAAUAGAGAAUUGGGGGGGGGGGGGGUGGUAUUUAAAAGCAGAAUGUAAGGGAAUAAAUUAAAGGAAUUAAAUAAAGAGUGGAGUAUGCAAGAAACAUGGAAGAGACAAAGAAAGCUUAGUAAAAUGAUUCUUAUAUUAUCCAUGAAAACUCUAAAUCUUUGAAGUAAUGGUUCAUCGAAAAAUGAAAAUUUGGUCAUUACUAACCUUCAUGUCAUUCCUACUCAUAUGACUUUUUUCUUCUUCUCUGUAACACAGUAGGAUACAUUUUGAAUAAAUAGAUACAAUGAAUAGUGACUGGAGCUUUAAAACUUCAAAUGGACUCAAAAGCACCAUAAAAAGCAAUUUAUUUAACUUAUGCACUAUAUUCAAAGCCUUCUAAAGACAUAUGAUAUUUUUGUAUGAGGAACAGACCAAAUCUAAGUAAUUAUUUACUAUCCUAGCUCUCAUUGGCACAUUCAUGAAGGAAAUGGCGAUGUCUUAUUUAUGAUCGAAUCAUUGUUUUGAGUUGAAUAUUUUCAACAAAAUGACUAAUCUGGUUCCCAACCCAUUCUGAAUGAUUCGCUCAUGAAAUGGACUGAUCCAUUUCAAGUUCAACUCACUGACUCAAUGACCCGAUCACAGUGGUUCUUGAGUUGACAGCUCACUGGAAGUAAAUAUUAUCGGUGAGAAACAAAAUUUCAGUCUUUUUCUCCCCCAAAGCUUUCGUAUGGCAUGGAACAUAGUCAUGGUGCUUUUGAGUCCUUUUUUAAGCUUGAAAGCUCCACUGUAAUUGCAUAGCAAAGAUCUACCAGUAUUGUCCUUUUGUGUUCCACGUAAGAAAGUCAUACAAGUUUGGGACAUCAUUAGGAUAAGUAAAUAAUGACAGAAUUAAAAUUUUUAGGUGAACUGUCCCUUUAACAUGAGCACCUUUCCACAAUCCUAACUACUUGUGUCCCAUGAAGCUUUGUAUUUGUGUGAACUAUGACCCUUAAAAGCACUCAGUCCAGAUGUGGGUGUCAGUCUUACAUAAUAUACUCUAGAUUUCUUGUAGUCUCGUAGGUGUCCAAUAGCUGUGUUCUUGUCAUUGUGUCUUUGCUGAUCCAGUUUUGUGUGUCCUUCCCUCAUUAACAUCAUGUCAUUGACAACUCUAAGGGACCAAGAAGUGGCCAUGGACUCAGAUGGAGCGUUUGUGUCGAGAAACAAAGGUGCUGGACAGACUUUUACCUAAGGAGAGACUUGCUUGCAAGGACUGAACUCUUCAUCUCUGGUCGGAGUUCAAUUUCAAAGGAUGUGCUGUGACAGAAUGUACCUGAUUACAGGGCACUUCUCAUUAUGAGCUAUUUAAAAUCAUGACACCCAGAAAUUAUUAUGUUAUUGUUUGAAUGUGUACUGUAAGUGCUAUUAUUUAUGGUGACCUGUUAUUUUUAUGUACGGUGUCCAAAGAAACAAAAGUUUGCUAAACAAAUACUUAUGUGGUAGUAAAGUAAAUCUAAUUUAAAAAUGCAACUAUAUAUAUAUAUAAUAAAAAAAUAUGGAGUAUUUAAUCUUGACAAAUAUUGCAGAUAUACAAUUACCAGAAUGCCUUAUAGAUCCAUUUAAAGUCAGUAAAAACUGGUGUUGCUCAUCAAUUAUUUGUAAAUCCACCGCACUGAAUCAUGGCAGCUUUAUUUUGGCAUUGAUUUAAAGGUGCAUUCAGUAAGUUUUUGUUUAUGUCAUCUAGGACUUACACUGACACAUAGACGCAUGGAUGCUGCAUCAUUCAAACACAAUAGUUUUCAGAUAAAGAUGACAUGGUAGACAAUUAAUAUUUGCAGUAAGCCAUGAUUAAUUUAAUCCACGAGUGAAAGUGUCCAAUAAUAGGGCGGUUACUGAGAUUAAGCAAGUUGUAUUCAGCUGGUCAUGUGAUCCUUACAUGGCAGUACCCAUGCGAGGACCCUCUCUAUGUAGAAUGAAACCGCUUUUCUCAUAUGAAUCAUCAUGAUUAUAUACAUGUGUUUCAAAAUAACUAAUAAUUUCUUUAGGAGUAAAACUUUUAAUGAGGAAAAUUUACUGAGUGCACCUUUAAUUAUGAGGACACUUUACUUACAGUAGAAGCUUUGUGAAACAAAAAAAAUUGCCUAAACAUUCCAUUAUAUGGUGCCAAAAUGUUGUUACAUGCCAUAUGUGUGCCAUCUUGGUAAUUGGUAUUCUACAUAAAGUUGUGACAAGUGUCUUUUGUCAUCAUGUAAUUAUCACACAUUUCAAGACAGAGGCAGUUCUAGAAAGAAAAGAUCAUCACUGCUUUUGGUCCAAGCUUCUUUCGAUGUUCUGUCAUGAAUAGCUGAAUAUAUUUUACCAGUGUGAUACUUUACAUGGAGAACCUAAGCAAAAGCUUUGAGAAGUCUGGCAUUGUCUGGAGCCAUUGUGAAAUGUGUAAUAAUAAACAGCAAAUAAAUCA